AUGCUUAAUUCAACCAACCAUGUAGAAGAGAAAAGCUUUACAGCUAAAGGUACAAAUCCCAAUACUAAUGCAAGCGUAUACUUAUUAAAAGCGAAACGCAAGACUGUUCUUAUCGUAAAUAGUGAUAUGAUACUAAGAGCAAAGUAUCCGAAGAAGACAACGAGUCUCCUAUACCAAGAUUUUGACGAUGAUGAGAAAUUAUUGAACUCAUACUACAUGUAUACUCUGGACGAUGUUGCUGAAUUUUUCAGGGUCUUUCUUGAUACGGAAAUUUGUCAUGAAACGUGUCGAAAUAAAGUUGGUUAA